AUGUCAGCAUGCCUCGCUCCUAGUAAUGCCCAUAGUCAGACACUUCUCACGUCGACACUCAGUACGCCGUCACCAUGGCUAACACUGCGCUUCCUAUACGCGGCGGCUUACGGCCUUGGAGAAGAAAGUCCCGGCGAUGUUGCCCCUCGCAGAUCGGUCGGUGAUCAACAUUCUUCUAGUGGAAGCCCCGUGCUGUUUGUCAGUCUCUUCAGACCACUGGCGCUGUGGAGGGAGAUCGGAAGGAAACUGGGUCUCGAUAUCGUGGGUCUCGUCAGGACCGGGAGGAUAGUCUACAUCGACGGCCUUCCCUCUUACGGCGAGCCUGAUUCGAAGGCACUCGGACCAGACGUUGUUCCAACAAAGUCUACUGUGAGGCUUAAGUCUUUGACGCUCGAGGACCUUGAUCAUACUUUGAACGAGGGGCUGCGAAUUCUCUCUACGCCGGUCAUUGCGUCUUCGACUUCGGCUUCGGCUUCAACGAGAACUACUGGUGCUGGUGCCGCGCAUGCGCGGGUGCCGACAGCAGCAGCGUCUCCUUUUGCAGCGGCAGGUGAGGUGAUGCCAGUCGUGAUCGUGGAUGGAAUUGAUUUCGUGCUCGCUUCACAACAGCCAUCAGUUUCCGCAUUAUCCCUACAGUCGAUGCUGGCCACGCUACGGGCUAAGUCUCAGUCUCUUGUUGUCACUUGCAGCGGCGACGGCCCUCUCCUUCACAACCAUGACGGAGUCUCUGCGUCGGCUACACGGCUCGAGGCAGACCACGCACUUUUUGUCACGAGCAUGGCGCAUCAGAGUCAAUGGUUGUUCCAACUAAGGGGUCUGGAUACGGGGACUGCGAAUGACGUCUCUGGUGUGGUCAGGGUCAGUCGGGGAGGUGCUGAGGGAGAUGACCACAGGGACGGGGGCAUGUCCAGGGGACCUAGGCAAGAAGAUCUUGAUGAUGCCGAAUGGCUUUACCAGAUCAAGGGCGAUGGCUCUGCAAGGGUCUGGGGAAGAGGCGAAUGA